AUGAAGUUUUACCCUAAUCUGCAGAUGGAUAAACAUUUUGCAUUUCGAAGGUCGUUGGGUCGAAGUAGAACGCUGAUAGAUUUGACUAACACGUUCUUGAAGCAUAAUUUUCUGAAGCACACAAAAAUCAAGACCACUUUGCAACAUCCCUGGAUCAAAGAAGGCAAUGUCAAAAUGUCCACGGAUGUGGCCAUAGCAAACGAAACGAUCACGGCCAGUAUAAGCGAACCAAUAGUAACAGAGACUUCAUUGAGUAUCUGCAUUUCAUUACCAGUUUCCGGAAUACAAGAAAUCAAUUAG